AUGAUGAGAACGAUCGAAAAGAAUUUUAAUGAAUCCCAAAAGCAAUUGGAGGGUGCUGCGCAAAUAGAGGCGCAACGCAUAAAACAUUCUGACGCCUUAAAAUUCACCAUCGCACGCCCACGACAACUGCAGUAUUACGACGAUGCGCCAAAUACUGAACCCUCCGAAGUAAGAUUGUUGAUCGAUCCACUACCCCUGAAUGAUCAUUUGCAGUCUCAGCAUGACACCAAUCAGCAUCCAUCCAAUCCGUAUAUUCCCAAUGUCUCUUUUGAAAUCAUAAAGCCACCAGACCCAUUUCAGGCCACCGUUAUAGACAUGGAUCCAUUCUUGGACUCAAGCAGCGUAGAAAUAUCUCAGCCACCUGAAAAACAGAAUUUGGAUCCGACAGCAGAGAGUGUAUAUGGAAAAGAUAUAUAUGAUGAUGACCUCUACAUCGACGUCCCCGACCGCCCGCUAAAGGACCCCGUGGACGACUUGGACUUUAAUCACGACCCUCCAACUCCCCCAACCGCCGAGCCACUUGAGCCCAUCGGCCCAUCUACCACCGCCGUCGCAAUCAACUUCCCGCCCAUCGAUCCUACGCAGGAUCUCCCCAAAAGGUUUGCCGACAACUACAGUCACAGCCCUGAUGCCGUUCAAAUGUGCGUCGCUCCCUGGCUCACCCAGAAACCCACGCAUGAUGCUGCCGAUAUCCCCGAGACGGAGCUGUUCCCCACCGAGGCACCGAGUACAGUCAGGGGGAUGCUUAUUUGGCUGGCGGGACUGCAGCACACAAAGCAUCAUGUGGUUCUGGAAAUGUGCAUUAAUGAUGCUUUUAAACGCGGUGAUGGUGACGUUUCCAGCCUCCAACUCCCAGUCAACGGUGCUCAUAUCCUCCCUCAACAUGUCAUCGACACCAUCCAGCUUGCCGCCGUUUUCGCAGCCUCAGUGCUAUCCGCCAUUGAGCCUGCCUGGAAAGGUAACAUCUCAUUGUUUGCAACACUCAAACGUAAGGACUCCGACCAAUCCAAGGACGCUGAUUGCUGUGCCCUCCUCUGCCAGCUGCGGGACUACGUCUACGCCUGCUGCCACCAGUUGGCGUUCCUAAAGUCGCAGUGUUCUCGGGAUCAACUCAAUGGUGGCUGGCAAGAUUGUCCGUACGGCUGUGACGUCUCCUCCAACUCCCCCCUCCAGGCCUUCCUGACCGACGCAUCCGACUUCGAGACUCACUUCUUCGACCCCUGCAACAUCUGCCGCAAGAGCCGGGUCCACAUGGGAUUCAGAGAGGAGGAUUUGCCUGACACUCAGCAAACUGGCAAACAUCUCCACACCAUCCUCUCUCCCACCUGCGGCGGCGAGGAUCCCCUGCUGAGAUUGGCCUCCUACCUCACCUGCCUCACCAGGCGGACGCCGCGCACCACCGGGGAGCUUGUUUCUUUCUUCCACAAUUUCGGGAAUGAGAUGCAUUCAUCAUCUUCACAGUCGUCCAAGGUGGGUACAUCCUUAACCAAUCAGCAUGACGACUGCCCCGGCUGGGACCGUCUCAGAGACUCCGACCUUCACGCCAUCAAGGACGCCAGGGGCUCCGUCCCUCCAAGCUCCAUCCACGACCACGGCGAUUUCAAUACCCUGUCCACGCUGCUUGGCUGCGGCAUCGAUAAUGUGCAGUGCCCACAACUCAUGAUGCCCAUCACCUACCGGGCCUACGCCCUGUACUCUUCCAGCUUCGCCCACGACUACCUCAGCUGGGCAGUCCACCUGGCUGACAGACUCCACGAGUCACUGCUCAGGCUGCACUGUGAUCUCGAGAGACUUCAAUGCCACGACUCCAAGCUCAAGUCUAUUCACCAGCAGAAUGGUGUCACUCUACCACGAGGUAGAUGA